AUGAGUGAUUUGUAUGCACUACCAGGGCAAACUGGUAUAAAUCGUAGUUCAUAUCAUUACUCUAAAAAGCAAGAUACAAUGCCUAGUUGGAAUGAGAAACUGAUUAAAGCUGCUCGUGAAGGAAGAUUAACAGAUUUGAAACUUUCCAUUGAAAAGGGAGCUGAUUUGGAAUAUAGAGAUGAAAAUGAAUAUACACCACUAUUGCAAUCAGUCUACCAUGGACACAUUGAGACAGUCCAAUACCUUGUUUCUGUAGGCAGCAACAAAGAAGCUAAAACAGAGAUACCACAACAGUGUCCAUUUUAUUCUACAUGCUUUGAUGUCGGAAAUGUGUUGAUGUUACAGAUAGGAUCUACACCACUGUCGCUUGCUGCAGAGAAAGGACAUUUGGAUAUUGUCAAGUACCUAAUCAGAGUUGGAUGUAUAAAAGAAGCACGAGCAAAUGAUGCAUUUACACCAUUAUUGAAUUCAGUGUACUAUGGACACAUAGAGACAGUCCAAUACCUUGUUUCUGUAGGCUCUAACAAAGAAGCUACAGCUAAGGAUGGAAAUACACCAUUAUUUAUUGCUGUCCAUAAAGGGAACUUACAGAUAGUCCAGUACCUCAUCACUGUGGGCUGUCAAAGAGAUGCAAGGGACAAUGAUGAUUUUACACCGUUAUUGUUUGCUGUACAGGGAGGACAUAUAGAGAUUGUUAAAUACUUGGUGACAGCUCAAUGUGACAUAGAAGCCACAAACAAGGAUGAUUUUACACCUUUAUUGGUGGCUGUACGGCAAGGAUACCUGGAUAUUGUUAAAUAUCUUAUCAAAGCUAACUGUGAUAUAGAAGCAAGAACAAAGAUGGGAUUAACACCAUUAUUGGUUGCUACUGCCAAAGGACACCUGUCAAUUGUACUAUACCUGAUCACUGUUGGCUGUAUUAGAGAAACAAAAUCCAAAGAUGGAAGAACUGCAUUACAUUUCUCUGCUAAGUAUGGACAUUUUCAAGUCACAAAAGUGCUGAUAGAAGAAGUUGGAAUCAGUCCCUUUGAGAAGACUUAUCAGGGUAAAACUCCUUACCAGCUUGCUGCAAAGAAAAACCGAAAAGAUUCUACAGAAAAAAGGCAAGAAAAGAAAGAAAUAAUGGACUAUCUCAAGAUCGUCAUGUCAACAGAAAAUCAAAACGUCAGCUCAAAAAACCCUCAGCAGAAGGGUCUAUUAAAAGUCUCGAAAGGCCCUAAAGAAGAAAUACUGAUCUUCUCUGAUAAGGAAUUCAAAGGUCUGUUAAUGAGCGGGGCGUACAGGUGCUUCUGGAACAGAAUUUUUUUAACUGGUCCAUUUGGUGUGGGAAAAACGAGUUUAGCCAAAAUUUUAGUUGGAGACGAGGCUCCGGAAGAACGGCAAUCUACGGAUGGUAUAUGGAUUUACCUGGGAAGGGCUGGAAUGGACAUACAAGAACGUUGUUGGAUUUUCCUAAAGCAUGGAACCAUAUUGAACGCCACAGUUCAAAGCUUACUCAGGAGUAAAGAAGUGACAGCUACAGUAGGUGCUGAUAAAUCAGUUAAUGAUAAAGAAGAUCUCGAUACAGUAAAACAAAGCGAGGAGACGAAGAAUCAAGAUGUUGUAACCUCUAUUCCGGAUGCAGGUGAAGUAACACAUAGCGGGAACAAGUCAAAACCAGGUGCUCUUAAAUCUCAGGAAAAUAUUCCACAGAAAGCAUUUAAAGGUAGAACACCCUCACAUAUCUUUACUCAAAAUGAUAGAGGUGGAAAGAUGGAAGAAACAAAGAUCGAAGAAAACUUGACUGGCAUAGAUAUGUCAGAAGAGGAAAUAAUCAAGCUUGUUCGUUCUCAAUGUACUCUAGGGCAAUACGAAAUGGAAGUUGUACCUAUAGACUUGUGGGAUUUUGGUGGUCAGAAAAUCUACCACUUGACUCACCAACUUUUCGUCACAAGUCGGGGGACAUUUCUGUUGAUCUUCAAUGGCAGCAGAGAUAUACACGAAAACAUACCAGAGUAUACAGAACUCCCUGGAUGUCAGGGGCAAAGAAAUACAGCUGUAUAUCUUAUCCAUUGGGUCAAUUCCGUCCUCACGUAUUGCAAGACUAUUGUGGAAAAUAAAGAGUACCCGAAAAUUCUAUGUGUGGCAACCCACAAAGAUCUAGUCAAAGGUGAUGUUGAAGAACAGAGAACCUCAUUAGAAAACUCAAUCGAAGAACUCUUUCAAAACCACGGAGGAAAACAACAUCUCCAAUACAAACCACUUAUCUUUGUUAAUGCAAGAAACAAGGAGGACGAAGAAAUAGCCACAUUAAAGAAACAGUUGGUAGACGUUGCAUUAGACCAUCCUCGCUGUGGGGAACUAAUGCCAACCAAGUUUGUACCCCUGGAACUUCAACUAGCAAGAAAUGUAGAGGAAAACAAGAAAAUACUAACAAUGGAUGAACUGAAUGACAUAAACAAGCAAAACGACAAAAUAGCCUUAACCUCUGCUCAGCUUAAAUCGUUUCUAAAAGUUAACCAUGCUCUGGGAAAACUGAUCUACUUUGAUGAAGCUGGCCUGAGAGACAACGUUAUAAUUGAUCCUGUGUUUUUGGUGGAUGUACUACGUUCUAUUGUCACUGAUGACCAGUUUUGGCCAGAGCAUCUCAAAGAAAUCUUAAAAUCUCUAAAAGAAAGCGGAAAACUGUUGAAAAAGGACUUAUAUAAAAUAUGGAAACAAGACUGUUUUCGUGAGAUCUGGGCACAUAAAGAUUACAUAGUAGACAUGUUAGUUCAUUUGGACAUAAUGUGUAGACCAAAAGACGAUGAAGAUGGAUCAGACUUUUUCUUGGUGCCAUGUAUGAUAAGUACCAAACGAGAAGACAACCAACAGAUAGACCAUGACAGAAGCAUCCAUCUGGCUUACAGGUUCAAAGAGGAAGUUGUACCACCUGCUAUUUUGUACAGAUUCAUUGCCACUUUCAUAUCGAUAUGGAAGUUACGGGUCAGUGCCAAAUCCAAUCGGCUGAUGAUCUUUACAGACAGUGCUGAUGUAAAAAUAGACGGGGACCAUGAUAUGAGAUUUGACAUUCAGGGAAACAGAUUCAUAGUUACGCUUUCGCAUAAAGAAAAGAACAUCUCCAUUGUACCAUCCAUUGCAUCUACAGUACAGGAAUGCCUUACACAUGCUAUCAUAAACAUUUCCAAUUUCUAUUUCUCAGUUUCAGAGGAUUCUGCUUGUGAUAGAGAUUUACCGUUUACCAUUCAGAUUGGUAUUCCUUGUGGGAGAGAUCUUUGCUUUUUCGACCACAUAUUGUCAUCAAAGGGGGAAUGGAAAUGCCCGGAUCACAAUACAAAACACAAAACCAAACUUGUGUCUAAAUGGUUUGCAGACAAGUUACAUACAGAACACGACAGAUGCCCUCAGGAUUGUUCUGGCUUAGACAAGGUAUGGUUAGACCGCCAGCCUGAGGACAAACACCUUGGACGACUAGCAUCUAAACUAACACACGGAGACACAAGGACAAUAUAUAUGAUGUUAAAGAAAAAAGAACCAGCCCUACAAUGGGACAUUAUCAACGAAUCAAACAAGCGAGAAAAGUUUUAUAUAAAACUUAAUGCGCUAUAUGAUUGGAAGAAGAGUUCUAAAUAUGUUUCAUUUAAGCAGCUACAAAAUAGUCUGGAAGAGGGACACAUUGACAUUCACAAACUAUGCCAGAUUUCCAGAGAAGUUCAAACAGAAAUGGACCAACCAAGAGACAAGUUGCUUCUUCGACCAUCCGAUUCGAAUAUACAGCAACUGCCUGACCAUAUCGGUAGUCAAACUUUCCAGCUUGGAAUAGAACUGGGACUUUCUGUUGUUGAGAUGCAAAAGAUUGAAAGCAACCAUGUGACCAAUCUUCAUGGUCAAACAGAAGAGGUUCUCAAACGAUGGAUUAGGAUUCCAGAAGCUACAUUUGAAGCUUUAGGAAAGGCUCUUCAUCGCAUUGAAUUGUCUAGUGUUUUGUCAUACUUAACUUACGAUGAAGAAUUAGGGGGACAAAUGGAAAUAGAAAUAGAUGAACAUGUUAGAGAGAGAAUCAUACAGGACAUUCAAAUCAGUCAGAUUGUAGAUUAUAUGAUGACACAUUUGGUGAUAUCAUCAGAUGACAGACGUCGCAUUGAGCAUCAUGCUGGACAAGAUGAUCAGAAUAAAGCCUUGCUUCGUGAAGUUAUUAAAAGGGGAGAACCUACGUAUACUGUGUUUAUUGAUGCACUUCAAAAAAGUGGAUACACAGAUCUAGCUAAUGAACUAAAAAGUGAUGGACAGGAAGAAGGCUCAAGUGCAGCUAUAGUACAAACUGGAAACAUAGAAAAUAAAGGGUUGUCAGAUUGGAUUGUUCCGAUGUAUAAAGUUCGUCUACAAAAGAACUAUUCAAAGAUCAUUGACAACAUACAGCAUGAGGCAAUAGUCGAUCAUCUGAUAUCACGUGAUGUGUUGACCAUAGCUGAAAGCCAAAUGAUAAAUGCUUGUCCCGCACAAAUACAAAAGAACAGGAAAUUAAUGGACAUACUUUUACAUGGAAGUGAACAUGUAUUUAUUGAGUUUAUCAAAGCUCUACGAGAAGACUCUGUGUAUGCUGAAUUGGCAGAUAAAAUAGAAAACACAGCAGUUGCUAGCAGAGAUAUAUCAACCUUUCAGAGUUGCUUUAAAUGAAGUAACAGAGAGAAAG